AGACACUGCGUGCUAGACCAUCUUGUUCAACGACACAAUGAAGUCCAUCUUCCGAUCUUAUGCUUCAGCGACUCUUUUCGUUGGGUUUGUGUCCGGCCACACCAUCUUCCAAGAAGUGUAUGUGAAUGGUGUCGAUCAGGGGCAUGAAGUUGGUAUUCGUGUACCCAGCUACGAUGGGCCUAUCACAGACGUCACUUCGAACGACAUCAUCUGCAACGGUGGUAUCAACCCUUACCAGGAGCCAGUCUCAUCGGCCAUCAUCUCAGUUCCGGCUGGUGCUAGCGUUACCGCUGAGUGGCACCACACCCUCGCUGGUGCAGACCCCACCGACCCCGCCGACCCCAUUGAUUCGAGCCACAAGGGACCAAUCAUGACUUACCUCGCCAAAGUCGAUAAUGCCACCCAAACGGACGUCACAGGUCUGAAAUGGUUCAAGAUCUACGAAGACGGACUUACGGCCAGUACUCAGCAGUGGGCUGUGGACCGCAUGAUUGCGAACGCUGGAAAGGUCACAUUUACUAUCCCGGAGUGUAUUGAGGACGGACAGUAUCUGAUGAGGCAUGAGCUGAUUGCUCUCCAUGGCGCGAGUACUUAUCCUGGUGCUCAGUUCUACCUGGAAUGCGCUCAGCUUCAGAUUACCGGUGGCGGCAGCGCCUCCCCCGCCACCGUCAGUUUCCCCGGUGCUUACGCUGGCUCCGAUCCCGGCAUCACUGUUAACAUCUAUUACCCUACUUUGACUAACUACACGAUCCCUGGACCAGAUGUCUUCACUUGCUGAGUGUAUAUAACUUAACCGUGUAGGUUGAAGGAUGUUCUUCGUGAUUUUGUCCAUCCGUCUCUUCUUGUUCAUAUAUAGCCUCCAAUUUUAUAUCCUAUCACAGGGUUGAAUCAUGUCCAGGGCCGUCGAAUGGGACCAUUUACGGGAGGAACUACCUGUCGUUCCAAGUCUAUCUUUCCGGUAUAUCGAGAUGGUGGAGGGACUUC